AUUCUCACUUGCAAUAUAUAAAAAUAAAGGAAAGUAUAUUUUUGUGCAACUGCGUAAAAUUGGAAUAAAUAGUAAAAUUGAUUAAAAUUUAUCAGAAAAAAUAAUUUAAAAAAUGGCUUUGGCUAAUGUUUUAAUGUUAAGUCAAAUAACCGGACAUGUUAUAGUGGGAAUAUUAUCAUUUUGUAUCAUUGUGCCCUUAAGUAUAAAUUUACACGAUUUCUGUGGCCAUUGUUUGUUGUUUACUACGGGCAAAUGGCGUGAGGAAGAUGGUAUGUUUGAUCCGAGGUGGUCUUCAUCGGGAUUUUGUAAUUUUCCUUUAGUAACGGGCAUAUUUAUGUUGAUCAUAUCCUGUGCACAAAUCUAUCGUUAUGCCCGCAUGAAGGAAGAAGAAGGAUUUUUGGCACUAUUCAUAGAUGUUGUCUUAAGCAUAUGGAUGUUGGCCAUGUCCAUUAUUUCCUCUAUAAUGAUUACAUUGGGCUUUAUAGUUUGGUGUGAUGGCAUGACUGAACGUUUUCCUACAUGUGAAAUUACAGCUGGACAAAAUAUUAUACAUGGAAAUACGGAUAAUAUUGAUACUUCUGGUUUUUACAUUGAAAUGGGUACCGCUCAAUUUGGUGCUUGGGGAGCUUUUGCCAUUAAUGUUGGCAUUGGCGUUAUUGCCCUCCUAAAAUUGAUUAACAAUCAUCAAGUACGCAAUAUUAAAGUAUCCAUGUAUUUGGAACGUCAACGUUUAGUUAAUCAACAUCAGGUACAGUCUGAUGGCCGCUCAACACCACCAACAGUUAACUCCAGUGAUUCCGAACAAGCCAAAUAGUUGAAUCAAUAUUAUUCAAAAUAUUGUCUUCAUCAUCUCCAUCAUGACCAGCAGCAAAGCCAUCAUGAACUAACUGUAUUUAUAUGUUUUAUUAUUUACAUGUAUUUGUUAAUAUUAUUUACUCACUUUAUUGUAAUUAUUAUAUGCGAUGCCUCCUUUCUUUCUGAUUUGGACAUCAUUUAAGUUAAGUUAUGUUUUUUAUUGCUUAUAUGAAAUAAAUCUAGUAUUAUCUAUAAUUCAAGUUGAA